AUGUCUUUUAGUAGGCAUGCCUACAGGCAUGCUCUAAAACCCCCCUCAGGUCCGACCCUCGAUCAUCCAUGGAUCAGUGACGAUUUGCUCGCGGCAACCUUUCGUCGCUUUGCCAGCGGUCAACGACGACAUGGCAGUUGUGUCCCCGGACCACUGGAGGCGCGAAGAAGACUUGCCCGGCGCCGGAAUACAGCACUGGCUGGCUUCGGAGCAUCUCAAGCAGAAGACAUCGCGUGUCUUUUUGGGCGCAAUGGGCGAGAACAUAUGAAGUGGACGGAUCACUCGUGGCAGAGACCGCGUGUUAAUAUGCAAGACUUGAGUAGCUACGCUUUCGCAACUGUCGAGACUUCACUUCCGUUUUACGACCAUAAUCCUGAACCUAUUAACCGGCGCAUCCCUGAAGAACAAGUUUCUAUCUCUCGGGAAGAAAACGAGCCAACCAAGGCGCAGAUCUUUCAACAAUUCCUAGAAGGGAAAGACUGGGGGAUUGAGGAUGCUCAAGAUUUCGCCCGUCGGUUGAGCAUCGACCUGCACCGAGAGCCGGAAUACAGCCGUCAAAUAUUCGACAGAUUGCUUAUGCGCUCAACGACAGACUUGACACAAGUGAUCCAGUUUCUGGAUGACCCAUUUUUGAAUGUUUGGGGAGCCGGCAACUACCUUGCUGCGGUGGAUCUGUUUAGGCGGACAAAAAUCAAGCGAUCCAGCCGAAUUGCCGUGCUGAAUGCAAUUUCUCGUGCUCUCGAGCUGGGAUUAAUUGCCUCAGAUGAAAUCUGCAUGAUCAUAAAAGCUCUCCCAGAUAUCAUUGUUGAGCGAAACAAGACCUUGGCCGCAUGGGACAAAAAAGCAUUGCUGAAGCACUACCGUGCUAUGUGGCAGGCCAUCGGACGCUGCAGCAUCCUAGGCUACGGUGAAUUGGAUAAAAAGAUUGUAGAUGCCUGGCUUGGGGAGCUUAUGAACAUUGGUGACUUUCGUUUCGCUGACGAGAUUAUCAUCGCAACCCACGGUGCCAGCCAUGACGUCUAUUGGCCUUCGACCUUUAUCUUAACGUGGCUGGACAAAUUCAGCCAAGAUAUUCCGACAACAUCCGUUCAAUUCCCGGUGUCUUUGUUAAACCGAAUGGACCCUGACUGUGCUGCGAAUUGUUUGAUUUAUGUCACCGAACGCCUGGCCUCUAUUGAGCAGAAGCAGAAUCGGAACCAACGGCUUGAGCAGUGGCGAGAUUACCUACUGAAAAUGACUGAUGCUUCGGCUAUUGCACGUUCCCAAACAUGGUCAGAUCUAGCGCUGGCCUAUAUUCAAAACCAAAGCGAAACAUUGGCUACCUUACCUACGAAUUCCACCCUACCUAUCCAACAUCAGAUUCUGCUUCGCCUAUGGAUAUUGCGCUCGCUGAGUCGAGCCAUGGGACCCAUGUAUCAUUCGCAUGCUAAAGCAACUGAUCAAUCCAUCUAUUUAUUGCUCAGCCUUUACGAAACCACUGCGUCGCAAACAAGAGGAACUUUCCUUGCAGACUUGUUGAAUGGCAUUCACGGCCUGAAUUUGCCAUACAACGGCCUACUUCUACUUGCAGUUGACCUCAAACUGAGGAAACUGGUCACAAAAACCACCCGCCAAACCCUCGAACAACUUGAAACCUCCCAAAAAUCCUUGACCAAUCUCUGGGCAGACCCAGCUACCUACAAUGGAGUCCGAGUCCUUUUUCAUGGCUCCUUUGAACAAAUGUUCAAUCGGCUGGAUCUUCUGAGUGCCGAGACUAUCGGUGAAUGCCUUCGUCUUGCAAGAGUAGGCGAUUCAAAGAGCGUAUGGUCGAUCACCAGACUCUUGGGAAAUCAUACGCCUUUCAAGUUGUGUCUUCACAAGGCUUGGGUACCAAUCCCACACCCAGAUGAGAAAGUUCUCGUGCGCUACCAUCCCGGACCACGGGAUAGCAUGUGCCCUGAUCCCUACGCCGCAGUCGAAUUCAUUCACCAAUUGGCUGUUUCGUUAUCCUGCUGUCAGCACUUGACUCCCUCCCGCUCAUUCCACCUCAUUCACUGGCUUUACGACUACCUUCGCAAGCAUGGUGGGCCUGUUUACCCAUCCUUGGUGCGGGCCAUGUACCAUGCUGGUGUAGUGCGGUAUCGCCGUGAAGGACGCCGUAUCUCGCGUACUCAGUAUGAGUAUAUUAUGUGGAUUAUUGGCAAGUUUGAAGGGCAGGACGUUGUUAGAGAGCUUCAUGAAGCACCGCAAAUUGGCCGGUCGAGUCACAGCUCGUACCAUGACUAG